UCUAUGUGUGUGUGUGUGUGUGCGUGUGUGUGUGCGUGUGUGUGUGCUCCCUGCAGGAUCCUGGAGCUGCAGCAGAGUGGGGACAUGGAUGUGCUGAAGCUGAAGUGGUGGCCUCAUGACGGCCCGUGCGACCUGUUCUCCUCGGUGCAGCCCCGGCAGCGAGGAGGGGCGCUGGACAUCCACAGCUUCGCCGGCGUGUUCUGCGUGCUGGCGGCCGGCGUGCUGCUCUCCUGCCUCAUCGCCACCGUGGAGAGCUGGUGGACACGCAGGAAGGGGUCCCGGGUGCCCUCCAAGGAGGACGAUAAGGAGAUCGACCUGGAACACCUCCAUCGCCGUGUCAACAGCCUGUGCACGGAGGAUGACAGCCCUCACAAGCAGUUCUCCACCUCCUCCAUCGACCUGACCCCCCUGGACAUGGACUCCCUCCCCGCCGCGCGUCAGGCCCUGGAGCAGAUCAGCGACUUCCGCAACACACACAUCACCACCACCACCUUCAUCCCGGAGCAGAUCCAGACCCUCAGCCGCUCCAUCUCCGCCAAGGCCGCCCAGGGAUUCGCCUUCGGGGGCAUGCCCGACCACCGGACUGGGGGUGGGCCCUUCCGGCAGAGAGCCCCCAAUGGAGGAUUUUUCCGGAGCCCCAUCAAGACUAUGUCCACCAUCCCCUACCAGCCCACCCCCGCGCCCAACUUUGGCUACGGAAACGACCCGGACAGAGGCACAUCCAUAUAGGGAGGAAGCGGAGGGAGGAGAGCUGGAGGGAGGAGAGCUGGAGGGAGGAGAGGGAUGCGAAAACAAACGCACUACUACUACUGGGGGGGGAGGAAAAGAAGAGA